AUGGCCAUAUCAAGCAGUCAUCAUGCUCUUCUCCUCCCUUCACCAGGAAUGGGUCACAUAAUCCCUGCCCUGGAACUUGCCAAGCGUUUAGUCACUCACCAAAUCAUCCCCAAACUCACCUUCUUCUACACCUCAAUAAAAAACUCCACUCCCUCCAAAGCUGAAACCCUCGUUCUCCAAUCAGCCAUCAAGGAAAACCUAUUUGACCUAAUCCAUCUCCCCCCUCUUGACCUCACCAACAAAGUUGAUCCCCAUGCUUCCCUUGAAAGCAAAAUAGCAAUCGUAACGCAUGAACUCCCACUCCUCUUUGUGUCCACAAUCUCCACCAUGAACCUCAACCCUACCAUCAUCAUCACCGAUCUCUUCUUAUGCCAACUUCUACCUCUUGUUCAAAAUCUAAACCUACCCAUGUUUGCUUUUGUGCCAACCAAUGCAUGGCUACUUGCACUUGGUCUUCACAGCCCCACUUUGGAUAAACAAAUACAAGGAGAAUAUGUCAAUGAGAUCAAACCAAUCUCAAUCCCUGGUUGCAAAACCAUACACCCCCAUGAGAUAUUCGACAUGUUGAAAGACAGGACACAUAGGUUGUACCAUGAAUUUGUUGGCGCAUGUGAAGGGGCAGCACUGGCUAAUGGGAUCAUUGUGAACACCUUUCAUGAGUUGGAACCUAAGACCCUCGAAGCACUUGGUAGUGGACAAAUUACCAAGGUGCCCGUGUACCCAGUUGGGCCAAUAGUGAGGGAACCAAGCCCAAGCCCAAGCCCAAGCCCAAGCCCGAGUAGUGAUGAGGGAAACAGAAGUGAAAUUGUUGAGUGGCUAAACAAGCAAGAAGAAGAGUCGGUGGUAUAUGUAUCACUUGGGAGUGGAUACAGUAUGUCGUGUGAAGAAAUCAAAGAGAUGGCUUUGGGGUUGGAACUAAGUGGAAACAAAUUUAUUUGGUCUGUGCGUCCAACUGUCACCAAAGCCGCCCAUGGUCAUUAUUUCACGGCAGGCAGUGAAAACCUUGAAAAAUCAAAUUCUUUUCUUGAUGAGUUCCACCGCAUACAAAGCAAUGGGAUUGUGAUCACAGAUUGGGCACCACAAAUGGAUAUUUUGAAGCAUCCAUCUGUCGGCGGUUUUGUGUCACACUGUGGCUGGAACUCCAUUAUGGAGAGUGUUUCAUGUGGGGUGCCAAUAAUUGGAUUGCCUCUUUUUGCAGACCAGAUGAUGAAUGCUAGAAUGCUUGUGGAGGACGUUGGCAAUGCAGUUCAAGUAGAGGUGUCACCCUCUGCCUACAUGGUUGGAAGCGAGGAUUUAGCAAAAGCAAUAAGGAAGAUAAUGGAUAAGGAUGACAGAGAUGGGUGUGUGAUUAGGGCAAGGGCUAAAGAGCUCAAACACAUAGCAGAAAGAGCUUGGUUUCCUGAUGGUUCCGCUUAUUUUGAACUUUCAAAGAUUGGUCACUAA